CUUGUCUUGCAGUCGGUUAUCGGCAAAGCCUCACUUCUACUCGACGUCUGUUUACAGCCAGAGAGAGUAAAACAGGAAGUGAACUCACGACACAGAUUGUGUGAUGUUUUACGAUGGAGCGAGACACUGGUAUGAUCAGAUUAAUUAAAGCUCUUGGGUAUAAAAGCAGAGAGUGCUUGAAGAAAUGUAAAUGUGAUGAAUUGCCUUGCCCGCUGCUCACCUGGUUGGUCUCAGAUCUAAGAGAAAGUUGUCCUGAUAUUCCAGCACGAAGUGUUGAUGGUGCAGUUCUGGUCGGGGAGUUGAGGGACGUGCUGAAGCAGAUGUCCUGUCCUCAAAAUGCACUUACAUCAGAGCACCUUAGCCCACUUCUGCUGUUCAGAGUGAUUGAGUUUUUGGUGUCAGAGUUGGCGGCAGCACGUAUGCUGACGUACAGAGAGAGUUAUCCAGAAGACACACAACAGAGCUGUGAGUCAAAGAGUAAAGAGCAAAGACAAUGGGAAAGUCUUAAUAUGGGUGAUAAAGAUGAGCAGCUGGAAAUCAGUCCAGCACAAGAGGAUAAAACUGAUUGGAAAGAAGUAAAUAAAGAUCUUGCAGAACUGUUUCAGACUCUUGGCUUAGAGACAUCCUCUCAGAUGAGCGAUGCCUGUGCAGAGGUGGAGACACGGCUGACAUCACUUCCAGGAGGUGAAGUGCCAGCAGCAUUAUUAAAGACCAGUCUGAACUCUGAGCAAUGGAAAAAGAUUAAUGACAUCAACAGAGCUCUACGUAAGGAUUAUGCCUGCCGGCGCCAAAUGAUGAUCAAGCGUUUCCAUGUCACAAUACUAUCCUUUACUUGGGGAGAGAGGGGAAAGGAACGCAGUGCUUUACUUUCUUCCUUGAAAACCUUCACACCUUCUCUUGAGUCCUCUGUCUCCAUUGCUACGCUGUUGGCGGCCAGAGAGGACGAGUCUCGCAUUAGGCCUGUUAAAGCAGGGCCUUCAACAGCUGUUCACAAGGUACUGAUGGGCAGUGUGCCAGACAGAGGAGGACGUCCCGGAGAGAUUGAGCCGCCUAUGCCCAGCUUCACCAGUCGCAGUGAGGGAGGAGGAAGUCAUCAUUAUAGAAAGAGAAGACGAGAAUUUUCAGGAAAGAGGAAGAAAAAUAAACAGAACUAAUUUUUUGUGUGUGUGUGUUAGUUUUGCAACUAACUGCACAACAAAAAAAGCUUUAUGUUAAAAAGAGGCAAUAUUUCCUAAUUAAAAUGCUAAAAUAAGACAUUAAUGAUCAUGGAAUAUGCAUGCUAAAAAAUUAAUUAUUAUUUAAUGUUUCAAAUUACUUAAUGCACUUAUUAAUUUGAUGAACAACAAUGUGAUAAAUUCAUUUCAGUGAAAUGUAUAACUAUGAAUGGCUAGAAGCUGUAUUUACUUUGCAUGAGCGUCCAUGAUCUAUCAUGAUAUUAUUAAAGUAAAUUAUGUUUCCUUUGAAACAACAUUUUCUCUUUCAA